UGGGACUUGGGAGGAGAGCCGCCGCCCCCUGCCCCCAUCUCCUCUCCGGUCGCCGCCCCCCCUCCCUCCAUCCCUCUGCCGUCCGCCAGCCUCACCUAGCACUCCGUCCGCCGCCUUUCCCAUCUCCCCCGGAUCCGCUGCCCUCCCCCAUCCUGCCUGGAUCGAUCCGCGGCCGCCUCCCCCAGUCUCGUACCAGCGCUCGUCGCUGGCCGUCCGGACCUCGUGGCGCCGCCCUGCCUCCCACCGCUCCGGAUACGCCGCUGCUGCCUACCCAUUCUCGUAACAGGAGCUCGUUUCUAGAGAAGCUGCAGCUGAAAAGAAGGGAGCAUUACACGGGUAGCCCAGCGAGGAUCGAACUCGUCUCGACGAAAUCGUUCUCGCCGCCUUGUCGCCGCGAGCCCGCGAGACACCUCUCCCCGGCUCCGCAAACACCGGUGAUUGAAGAAGCGGCGGCGGCAGGUAGCCAUAUCUACAUGGGAAAGAAGCGUGGCAACAGUGCCCCUUCGUCGGCAUCCAGGGCCACGAACCAGGCCCUGUCGCUCCGUGAGGAGAGCUGCGGGAAGACGCAGGCCGACGCGGCCUCCCUGCUGAGGGUCCAGCACCUGCAGCGUCUGGCGGCGUGGGCUAGCGGGGAGGCAGGGGUGAGCCCGGUCGGAGCGCUGCUGGGCCACCGCCUCGCCACGAAAGCCGAGGCGGCAGGGAUUCCCCUAGGCGCCUCCACCUUCCUUUGCCAGAGGUGUGAAUCAGUCUUACAGCCAGGCUUCAACUGCACAAUCCGCAUAAAGAACAACAAAAGGAAUGCAAAGCGAUGCAAGAAGUCAAAUUCUUGCCAGAAUAGCGUUGCCUAUGUGUGCCAUUUCUGUGGAAGCCAAAACCUGAUACGGGGUAGUGGAAAGGGUAUUGUGAAAGGCCUGUUAUCAUCAAGGAAGCCAUAUAACAUGGACCAAACCGGCAUAAUGUCGAAAGGAAACAGGCUUGAUCAUUCGUUUCCAGCAGUUGCGCAAGUGGAAUCAUCCAGGUUGAAAAAAUCUACUCUCGAACAGUAUGAUCAUGUUGGUGUGUCAAAAUCCAAUCUUCCUGAAGAUUCUAGUAUGGCGGAAGGGAUAGUUUCUUCAUUGGUGUGUCAUUCUCAGUUAGCAGCUUCAACUGUUCAGGUGGACAUCACACCGAAAAUUAAAGUAGAAAUAACAAAUAAUAAAGAUAUGAAUGAUAUCCAGCCUGUUUCUUCUGAAAAGAUUGGACCAUGCGAAUCUGAUGUCACUUCGCAAGCAGAAUUUCGUGUCACGUCAAAAUUUGUUACUCCACAAAAGAACAAACUGGCGGAUGUGGCUGCCCCUAAAGAUUCAGCAGAACCAUUGAAGAAAAGAAGUACACUGAACAAUAAAGGGGAGAGUUGUGUUUCAGUUACUGGCAAGGCCCCUAUUAAGUUAACUUCAAAUGACUCUGGGAAGAAUACUAUGUCUGCACCUCGUGAUUCUUCUCAGAUGGCUGGUAGUUCAAGAAAGCGGGCAAGAAAAGGAUGGACUACGCUAAAGCAGAUCGCUGAAAAGGACGAGUUUGAGAGAAAAGAGAAGAUUGUCAAUUUUGUAAUCCCAUUCUUCAUGUAAGAUACGUUACAAUUGCACUACCUGUAAACGUUCGCUGGAAGAACUGAUAUUUCUGGCAGUAUCAUGAACUAGAUGGUCGUGCACGCGUUGCUGCGCCGUCAAAUAAAUUAUUAUGUUUUAUGUUCUUUUUCUGAUUUUUUUUGCUCUCUGCGCUGCUGUCAGGUGUAUAGAGCUAUGAAACUUUGUACAUUGCCCUCUUUAUUUCUCUUCUGUAGCAUACUAUAUAGCUAUGAAGCUUUUUACAUUGUUCUUUU